UCAGAUAGAUGGUGUAAUCCAUCCAAAUACGCCCAAUACGCCGGCCGGGAUCCCGGGAUACACGCCGAAUAAGCCGAAAAGCAUAGUAUCAUUACCUACGCCGUCGACGUCACAUAUCGGAGUACUCUCGUCUUUUGAAUCUGAUGACUACCUUGGUUGAAAAACACUCAGUUCUCGGGGAAAUGCGAGAGACCGAGAUGCGGGGCUCUUCCGCGCCCAGGACACGAAUUAGCGACACGAGUUGAGUCACACGGCGCGUGGGUAUGACUAUAUAUCUAAGAGACGCUUGCCAGCCUGCGAGAGGCUAGACAGUGACAUCCAACAUCAGCUCUCGAAACCCAUCCAGUCACGUUGCAAGCAAGCGUCGGAAACCAUCCCUCGACAUCGCGAUAGCCUGGACUCGACCAUGACCACCCCCUCCGCGGCCGAGAUGCGGAACCGCAGCUGGACAAGGGACUCGUAUCUCGUCUCGACCGACGCCUUCCUCAUCUCCAUCCCGGACCUCAACGCCGCGUUCGCGUCGGACGCCUUCUACUGGGCCAGUCCCCUCCCGGAACCCGUCAUGCGGGAAAUGCUCCAGAACUCGCUGUGCUUCGGCCUCCACGGGCCCCCCGACGCAGCAACAACAACAAUAACAUCAACAACGACGACGACGACGACGACAACAACAACAACAACUAGCGAAGGCGCUGCAACGGAACCAAACCACCACCACCACCGGCGCCGCCUCGUCGGCUUCGCGCGCCUCGUGACGGACUACGUCACCUUCGCCUACGUCACGGACGUCUGGGUCGACCCGUCGGUGCAGGGCCGGGGCCUGGGCCGCUGGCUCGUAGGCCGCGUGCAGGAGACGAUCGAGUCGAUGCCGCACCUGCGGCGGAGCCUGCUGUUCACGGACGACUGGGGGCGGUCGGUGCCGUUCUACCAGGAGCUGAUGAAGAUGAAGCUGGCGGGCGGCGAGGCCGGGGUGAGCCCGGCCGUGAUGCAGAUGAAGUGGAAGGGUCAUCCGGACUUUAGGGAUAAAUAAAGCAUCUUGAUCCGUUGUGUUCGUAGUCAGUCAGCAUGGGGACAUGGAAUAGUGCAAGCGACAUGAGAACAUUUCAGGCU